UUUCAGGCCAGUUAGAGUUACACAGUGAGACCCUGUCUCAAAUAUAUAUUAAUUGAUUAUAAAUUGAUUAGCAUAUUCUUUGUCUCUCUUCGUUGGUUAUUGUUUGUCUUUCAGCCUGUAAAUGAGUUGUGUAAUCUGGGCAUGGUUUUGCUUCUCAUAUUGCUACUAGUAAUAAAAGUUUAGUUGAUAACAAUAUAGCAAGCUAGUAUUCUGCCCAAAGUUGACCUCACAGUUUUCUCAAAUAGCCACCAUUUUACUCAGUGUACUGUGACAAAAAGUUAUGUAAAGAUUUCACCUCUCUGAGUGGUUAAACUUGGAAGAUCUGAUAAGUCCCUUAUUCCUCUGCAUUUAUAUCUGCCAAGAGAAAUUUCCCAAUUAAAAUGUUUCUAUAAAAGUUGGUUAAUUUUAUGGCAUAUCUAGAUUUGAUGACCCUGCUGGCUUUGUUUCCUAUAGAAGGCAUGGUCCUUGUAAGAUAGUAUCAAAGAUGAAUUCUGAUGAGUGAUAAUUUUCCAGUAGCCUGGUUUUCCAUACCUGAUAGAAGUUGCUGCAUUUUUCCAAACAGGUUCUCUAAUGAUCUUGCUUCACCAUGGCUACAAAUAUGGAGGGGCUGGUUCAGCACAGAGUGGGGACCCAGCAGGUGGCUGAGGUACCCAGGUGACCACUCAGCACGUUGAUCCUCGCCUUUGGUACCACGUACACAGACCUCUCGGCCGGAAUCUCCAGGGAUGACCAGCCCCUCCCCGCGCAUCCAGAUAAUUUCCACCGACUCUGCGGUAGCCUCACCUCAGCGCAUUCAGAUUGUAACAGACCAGCAGACAGGACAAAAGAUCCAGAUAGUCACCGCAGUGGACGCCUCUGGAUCCUCUAAACAGCAGUUCAUCCUAACCAGCCCAGAUGGAGCUGGAACUGGGAAGGUGAUCCUGGCUUCUCCGGAGACAUCCAGUGCCAAGCAGCUCAUAUUCACCACCUCAGACAACCUUGUCCCUGGCAGGAUCCAGAUCGUCACGGAUUCUGCUUCUGUGGAGCGAUUGCUGGGGAAGGCAGACGUCCAGCGGCCCCAGGUGGUGGAGUACUGUGUGGUCUGUGGCGACAAAGCCUCUGGCCGACACUAUGGGGCUGUCAGCUGUGAAGGUUGCAAAGGUUUCUUCAAAAGGAGUGUGAGGAAGAAUCUGACCUAUAGCUGUCGUAGCAGCCAAGACUGCAUCAUCAACAAGCACCACCGCAACCGCUGCCAGUUCUGCCGGCUGAAGAAGUGCCUGGAGAUGGGCAUGAAGAUGGAGUCUGUACAGAGUGAACGGAAGCCCUUUGAUGUGCAACGGGAGAAACCAAGCAAUUGUGCUGCUUCCACUGAGAAGAUCUAUAUCCGGAAAGACCUGAGAAGUCCUCUGAUAGCCACUCCCACAUUUGUGGCAGACAAAGAUGGAUCAAGACAGACUGGUCUCCUUGAUCCAGGGAUGCUUGUGAACAUCCAACAGCCUUUGAUACGUGAGGAUGGUACAGUUCUUCUGGCCACGGAUUCCAAGGCUGAAACAAGCCAAGGAGCUCUAGGUACACUGGCAAAUGUAGUGACCUCUCUGGCCAACCUGAGUGAAUCUUUGAACAAUGGUGAUGCUUCAGAAAUGCAGCCAGAGGACCAGUCUGCAAGUGAGAUUACACGGGCAUUUGACACCCUAGCGAAAGCACUUAAUACCACAGAUAGUGCUUCACCUCCAAGCCUGGCAGAUGGGAUAGAUGCUAGUGGAGGAGGGAGUAUCCAUGUCAUCAGCAGAGAUCAGUCAACACCCAUCAUUGAAGUCGAAGGCCCUCUCCUUUCAGACACACAUGUCACAUUUAAGCUUACAAUGCCUAGUCCUAUGCCAGAGUACCUCAAUGUACAUUACAUCUGCGAGUCUGCAUCCCGCCUGCUUUUCCUCUCCAUGCACUGGGCAAGGUCAAUCCCAGCCUUCCAGGCACUUGGACAGGACUGCAAUACCAGCCUGGUACGGGCCUGCUGGAAUGAGCUCUUCACUCUUGGCCUGGCCCAGUGUGCCCAGGUCAUGAGUCUCUCCACCAUCCUGGCAGCCAUUGUCAACCACUUACAGAACAGCAUCCAGGAAGAUAAGCUUUCUGGUGACCGGAUAAAGCAAGUCAUGGAGCACAUCUGGAAGCUGCAGGAGUUCUGUAACAGCAUGGCAAAACUGGAUAUAGACGGCUAUGAGUACGCAUACCUUAAAGCUAUAGUUCUCUUUAGUCCCGAUCAUCCAGGUUUGACAGGCACAAGCCAGAUUGAGAAAUUUCAGGAGAAGGCACAGAUGGAAUUACAAGACUAUGUGCAGAAAACCUACUCAGAAGACACAUACAGAUUGGCCAGGAUUCUUGUCCGCCUGCCAGCACUCAGGCUUAUGAGCUCCAAUAUAACAGAAGAACUUUUUUUUACUGGUCUCAUUGGCAAUGUUUCAAUAGACAGCAUAAUUCCCUACAUCCUCAAGAUGGAGACAGCAGAAUAUAAUGGCCAGAUCACCGGAGCCAGUCUAUAGUGCACAGCCAACAGCUGCCAACAGUGGGAUGCCUCCUAGGACUGUGCAGGUGCGAGGGAAGGGAAGUGUAGCAGUGUCUUGGUGUGCACAGGUGUCUCCAGUGUGUUAGCCACUUCUUCCUGUUCAUCCCAGACAAUAGCAACUGAAGAUGAGUAGAACUCUUUCCUGCCCUAAGAAACGUUUUCACACCUUUUGGUGAAGCAGAUUUUGGAACAAUCUUUUAAUUCAAUUUGUAUUUAGAAAUUCUCAAAGGGCAAAAAACAAUACUGAAGUUUUAUAAUGUCAGAGACUAGUAUUAAAAGAACCUAAGAACAGUAUGUGUAAAUACAUUU